AUGUCGAGAAUCACGGCGGCAUUGCCACUGACCACUACCUUCGUCCCGCCUAGCACAUGUAUCUCCGACACCUAUCUCGCCAGCAGCGGGUGCACCACUGGCAUAUGUGAUGGGUUAUGGAUGAACCUUGGGCCCGGACCGCAGAGCACGGGGGCCUGCCUCCCUUCCAGCUGGUCGCCAUACAGCUAUUAUUCGCCUGGUGUCUGUCCGUCAGGGUAUUCCAUUGCCUACAGCAGCGUAGGUAGUGGGGAUGACCCAGAGACGUUCGCGACGUGCUGUCCUUCGUCUUAUACAGCCCGCACCGCCAUCCCCGGAUCGGAAUCCGGGACGGCAUGGUAUACCUCCGAACAAUGCUACUGGCAGCCCACGGCCGGCGCAACCAUAUAUGAGUACACAUAUUUCGACCAAGGCGGAUCAUGGUUCAGCGGCACCAGCACUAUGGACACCAGCGGGAUGAUAAAUGCGUACGGCGUAUCGAUUCGGUUCCGGUCUUCACCAUCCACGACGUCCGCGACCAGCACAUCAUCCAGCUCAGGCCUAGCCCAGGAAACACAGGCCAAACCCAAGGCAGCGCCCAAGUCCUCCAGCUCCGAAGGUGCAUUUGCGACGGGGUUCAAUGCCGCGAACGAACACCCGAAUUCCUCCUCAAGCGGUCUUUCCACCGGCGCAAAGGCCGGCAUUGGUGUAGGCGUUGCCGUUGCCGCUGUCGCCGUGAUCGCGGGUCUGGUGUGGUUCUGCAUGACGCGCAAGCGCCGCGGUGCUGUUGCGAAAGAUAAGUGGCAGCCGGCGGAUUUGGAGCCGGCUCAGCGUCGGCAGGCAGAACUGGCGGCCAGUUCGCCUUCUCUUAUGACCGAGUAUCACGGUGCAUUUAAGCCGCAGCACAGAAUGCCCGUUGAGUUGGAUUCUGAGGUGUAUUAUGAAAAAUGA